UCUGUGUGCAAACAUUUAAAAAAAAAAAAAAAAAAAAAUUACAUCACAUGCAAGUCUUGAUUGGAAUUUUGAUUUCUAUGGGGAACCAUUUCCAUAGCAAAAUAUGUGCGUUGUGGAGAAAAGUGCUAAUGUAAUAAUGACAUGUCUUGGACAUGUUCAAACACUACUCUCAACAGCCAUUGAAGCCACACAGGCUUUAAAUGCCUUAUUUUUGUACAUAUAAUCACAGAUGUCUUGUGUGUGAAGCCAGUUGAAAUAUAAUCUUGAUGUCGAGCCUGGAGAAUGAUUCGUUAAAAGUAUAAUAAACAGUCUUGUUGCGAGAUUUCAAAGGCAAAGUUCGCGCUCACCGUCCGGAUUACAUAAUCCAGCUGUUUAAAAGAGAGAUCUGAGAUAAACAGCCUGUGGGCUCCACUGCCACUGAACCAGCAGCCAUGGGCAUGUUCACUGUGCUUCUCUGGAGUUUCUUAGGAGUGAAUAUUAUCAUCUCAGCGACAGCCAACGACGGCCCAGUUGUGCAAACUAAAUAUGGCGCUCUAAAAGGUGAGUACUUGAGAGCGAAAGGGAAGGACACACUCAUCCACAGCUACCUGGGUGUGCCGUUUGCCAAGCCACCCGUUGGACCUUUGAGACUCUCUGCCCCACAACCUGCAGAACAAUGGCAAGGAGUGAGAGACGCCGCAAAACAACCAAACAUGUGUGUGCAAAACAGGGAGCUAUGUGUGAAUAUUCUCAAAAAUUUUUCCAUGACCUUGGAAGUUCCUGAAGUUUCAGAGGACUGCCUUUACCUCAACAUUUACACACCCGCUAAACCAAGUGAAGAUGCCAAACUACCUGUUAUGGUUUGGAUCCAUGGUGGAGGCUUGUUCUUAGGCUCGGCUUCAAUGUUUGACGGACAUGCACUGGCAGCCUAUCAGAAUGUCGUUGUAGUGCUAAUCCAGUACAGGCUUGGCUUUCUUGGAUUUUUCAGCACAGGGGAUGAACUUGCUCCAGGUAACUACGGUCUCCUGGAUCAGGUAGCAGCUCUUCAGUGGGUUCAGGAGAACAUCCACAGCUUUGGAGGUGAUCCUGGAUCAGUAACCAUCUUUGGAGAGUCUGCAGGAGGCGUCAGUGUGUCUUACCAUAUAUUGGCACCGUUGUCUGCUGGUCUCUUCCGCUAUGCCAUAGCAGAGAGUGGCACUGCUGCAAUGGAUGCUAUUUUUACUACCAGUCCUCUACCAGUAGCUCAGUAUGUGGCUAAUGCGUCUGGUUGUGACACUUACAGCACAAAGCAGAUUGUUGAUUGUGUUAUGCGGUUGUCAGAGGAGGAUCUUUUGACGAUUGCCAAAAAGGAUAAUGGGUUCUUUAAAGUGACAACGGAUGGACGAUUCCUUCCUAAAUCUGUGGAUGAACUUCUGCAGAACAAAGAGUUCAGCAAAGUGCCAUUUAUUACAGGGGUGACUGAUGAUGAAGGAGGCUUUGGACUCCUUAAUAUCCUUGGUCCUCCAGGAUGGGCUGAAGGAUUGGACAGAGAGCAAGUUAUGUCAUUAAUGCCUUUCUUUUUUCCUGAUCCUAGUGAUAAAUGGCUUCAUGAAAUAGUGGUGAAUGAGUACCUGGGAACCACGAAUGAUCGGAUUGAAAUCCGAGAUGGUUUCAGAGAGAUGUGUGGAGACAUUUUGUUUAACAUUCCUACUCUUGAAGUAGCAAAACACCACAAAGAUUCUGGAGCACCAGUUUACUUGUAUGAAUUCCAGCACACUUUCAAUGAGCUCAAGAAAAAGAAGCCAAGCUUUGUAGGAAGUGACCAUGGAGAUGAACUCCACUUUGUUUUUGGUUCAUGUUUUUUAAAUGGUCACCUCAAGAUAGAUGGUCAGUUCACAGAAGAAGAGAAUAAACUAUGUAGAACUAUAAUGGCCUACUGGGGAAACUUUGCUCGCAUUGGGUCUCCAAACGGACCAGGCCUGACCCCAUGGCCAGAGUUUGGAGCUGAAUCUGAGUAUCUGGGCAUCGGCCUGGAGCAGAAGCCUGGAAAGAACUUGAAGGAAAAGCACUAUGCAUUUUUAACUCAGACUCUGUCGCAGUUAAGGCAUGAGAAAAAAAAUGGCCCAGUUGUGCAGACUAAAUACGGAGCUCUAAAAGGUGAGCAUGUGACGGCUAAAGGGAAGGACACAGUUGUCUACAGCUACCUGGGUGUGCCGUUUGCAAAGCCACCAGUGGGACCUUUAAGAUUCACUGCACCCCAACCUGCAGAACAAUGGAAAGGAGUAAGAGAUGCCACAAAACAACCAUACAUGUGUAUACAAAACAGGGAACCAACUGUUGAGCUCUUUAGCAGUGUAUCACUCAGUGUGGAAAUUCCUGAAGUGUCAGAAGAUUGCCUGUACCUCAACAUUUACACUCCAGCAAAACCUGGUGAAGAUGCCAAACUACCCGUCAUGGUUUGGAUUCAUGGUGGAGGUCUGAGCAUGGGUUCUGCAUCAAUCUGUGAUGGAUCAGCGUUGUCUGCCUACCAGAAUGUAGUUGUUGUGCUUAUCCAGUACAGGCUGGGUCUAUUCGGAUUCUUUAGUACAGGGGAUGAGCACGCACCAGGAAACUAUGGGCUUUUGGAUCAGGUGGCAGCUCUUCAGUGGGUUCAAGAGAACAUCCACAGCUUUGGAGGUGAUCCUGGAUCAGUCACCAUCUUUGGAGAAUCUGCAGGAGGAGCCAGUGUGUCUUUUUUGCUUCUCUCUCCAUUGUCUGCUGGACUGUUCCAUCGUGCAAUUGCAGAAAGUGGCACUGCAACAUUGAAAGGCAUUGUGGGGAAUCCCUUACCAAUAGCCAAGCUAGUGGCUAACAUCUCAGGUUGUGACAUCAGUAGCACACAAAAAAUUGCUGAGUGUAUUAAGCACUGGUCGAUAGAGGACGUGAUAUCUCUUUCAAAAGAGAGGAUGUUUCUACAAUUUGUAGUGACUGUGGAUAAGAUAUUUCUUCCCAAGCCUGUGGAGGAACUCCUUCAGAACCAGGAGUUCCAUAAAGUACCACUCAUGACUGGUGUGAACAACGAUGAGUUUGGUUGGGUGCUGCCUCGUUACAUUGCACCUUCAGGAUGGAAUGAUGGGAUGGAUAAAGAGCAAGUACUUUCAUCAAUGGCUGAUUUCAGUUCUGAACCCCAGAAUCAGUGGAUUAAUGAACUGGUAGUAGAGGAGUACCUGGGGUCUUCUACUGACCCAAUAAAAAUUCGUGAUGGUUACAAAGAGAUGAUGGGAGAUCUGAUCUUUACCAUUCCAGCUCUGACACUGGCUAAAGCCCAUAAAGGUGCUGGUGCUCCAAUUUAUCUAUAUGAGUUCCAGCACACACCCAGCGUUUUUCAGGCUACCAGGCCCAGCUUUGUGGGAUGUGAUCAUGGAGAUGAACUUGCCUUCGUUUUCGGCUUGUGCUUUGGGAAUGCACACGUCAAGGUGACGGGGUCAUUCACAAAGGAAGAAGAUGAACUGUGUAGGACAGUGAUGGCCUACUGGGGUAACUUUGCUCGCACUGGGAGUCCAAAUGGACCAGGCCUGACACCAUGGCCUGAGUUUGGAGCUGAAGCUGAGUAUCUGGGCAUCGGCCUGGAGCAGAAGCCUGGCAAGAACCUGAAGGCUGAGCGUUACAUCUUUAUGACUGAGAAGCUUCCAGAGUUGGUGGCUGCAGCUCAGGCGAAGGGAGAGCAUGUUGAGCUGUAGAUGACACUGAAGCUUCUUUAUAUAAUCCGUCUCUCACGGAUUUUUUGGUCUAUCCCUCUGGGGCAUCCAUUAAAGUAUAUAAUAAAUGUAAUGUGAUCAUCAGUCAGUAGCUGAUCAUUCAAAUAAUGAUUAACCUUGAAGAACCAACUCUUGAAUUUAAUGAGGCAGAAACUCAUACAUUCAGAACCUAGAAAUUUUACUGUUUUAUUUAAAAAAAAAAAAAAAAAGACAAUUGUGUAUUUGGAGUGUUAUUUGUCUGGAAAUGAAGGGCUCUAAAUGUAAACAUGUAUCAUUUGGUGGGGAGGGAUUGUCUUCAUUAGCUACAGAUCAAAGAGCUCAUUUGGGCCAUUAUUCAGAAGGUUUAGUUACAUGGCCAUGGCAUCAUAGGUUUGUGAAACUGAUAAACUGAUGAAACUGUGAAUUGAAAGAUUGUCUAAAAUAAUAAACAUUCUCUUAACCUGAAACAGUAAUGCAGAGACAGACUGGAUUACAUUUUACUCUAAUUUAUUGGGAAGAGAUGAACACGUAAGCUUCAAAGCUCCCUGAAGUCAUGUGAUGGUGUUUACAUUAGACAUUUGUUUUUCAGAAAUCAAUUUGAUGAAUAUACUCGACUUGAAAUAGUUGUAGAGGUCACACAACAAACAGGCAGUAUGCUUAACAUGUGCAAUUAUGUGCACAAUGACCCAUAAACAAAGCUGAAAUAUAUUAAUUAAAUACUUUCAUCCACUUCACAUAUUUCUUUUACAUUAUAAUGGUUAGUUUUUGCAAAGCUGCAAUUGAAUACAAAAGUACACACAGAUGUCUAGUCUGUGGUCAAUGCCUAUGCUGUCUAGGAAAGAGCACUUUGAGGGGAGUUGCUGCACAGCUUUCUGAUCGAGCCUUAUCAAAACACAAGGAAGCAUUUAUAAUAUCUGUUGGUCUUUCAACUUGGAGAUUAAAAUAACUCAUCUUCCAUGCUCCAAUAUAUAAUGUUGGGAAAGCAUGCCAAUAUAGAUGUUAUUGAAGACGGCCAACAAAUCUUUUGACUAGAUGUGGAAAAGUGGCACCGGUCACUAAGAGCACCAUCAGUCUCUGGAUCUUUCCAGUGAAUCUGCUGAAGGCAGGACAAGGGCUGAGUUUUGAUCAAUGGAAGCUAAGGCAGGCCCAAGCUGCCAGUCAGCCAAUGCACAUUUACCAUUAUACAAUUUCAACAAUACAUUUUUUUUUUCCUGAUGGACAAAAGCUAAUUUGAGAAGAGUACAAUUAGAACAUUAAUUACUUGGAAUAUAUGAUUUAAAUUAGUAUGACAUUUUUAUGUAUUUUAAGCAUAUUUUUCAAGGGAAUAUAUACUUAGGUGUGGCACCUGAGAUACAAAGCAAUAAAACAAUGGAAAUACCCUCAAUUUGCCAAUUGAGCGAAUUCACCCACAUUAGAGAAAUGCCUUAGUACAUUAGUGCAUGCACAUUCUUCACAAUAUACAUUCAUACAAUAGCUGCUUAGCACGUCUAAUUACAUUUCCCAGGUUAAAUACUUCAGAGGUGCCAAAUAGAAAACAGAACUGGGCAAAGCAUAAAACCUAGUUGGCUGCUUUCAGGUAAGAUGGAUCCCAAGCUUGUGCAGGGUGGGUUUAUCACCUACUUUAGUUGUUUGAUGUAAUAAAAUGCUGUUGGUUUUAUGAAACCAGCACAAACUUCAUAUACUAACCAUGAAAUAAAUAAAUAUUUAAAGAAGAAAUAAAAUUUAAACAAAGUUCCAUCAACCAAAAAGUAGUUCAGCCAAAAUAUGUUUAAUGUCCAAUAUUUUCUGAUUUGCACUGGAACUACAAGGCUAAUGUAGCUAAAUACCUCAUGGAAAUCUAUCUUGUUCUAGAAAUACAGUACAUGCCCAAACUCCAUAUACUUGCUUAAAUUACAUUGUUAAUCUAUGUAAUAUCAUGUUUAAAUAAAGAUUCUUUGUAUUAUGAUA